CACUCCCUACGGAGGGAGGCGGUUUCCCGGAGGCCCCCGCAGCCCCGUGCGGUGCAGUCCACUCAUCCGGGAGGCGGAUGUGGACUGGCCGGAUGACAAGCGCCCAGGCUAAGGGCUCGGGCUCAGCCUGGCAGGGGGCCUGCGUGCUGGCCGCAGCACUGCUCUGGCUGCGCCCACUGCUGCUUCACGCUGAGCCCAACGGAAACACCACAGAUGUGUGUGGGAAACCAGCAGUAAGUGGGAAGAUCUUUGGUGGCCAGAAUGCGCCUGACCAACGGUGGCCGUGGCAGGCCAGCCUGCUCUAUCUUGGCAAGCACAUCUGCGGAGCUGCCCUCAUAGAUGCCUACUGGGUGAUCUCAGCUGCCCACUGCUUCCAAAAGUCCCAUGAACCAUCUGACUACCGGAUCCUGCUCGGGUACCAUCAGCUCCAGCAUCCCACUGAGCAUAGCCAGCAGAUGACAGUGUAUCGACUCAUUGUUCAUGAUGAAUUUAACAAGCGCUACUUCAUGGGCAGUGACAUCGCCCUGUUGCAACUGCAUCUGCCUGUAAACUUUACUUCCCACAUUCUCCCUGCCUGCCUCCCAGGGCCGACCACGAAACUGCCCCUUCACAGCAGCUGCUGGAUAACUGGCUGGGGGAUGAUCACCGAGGAUGAUUUCCUGGCUUCACCAUUCCAGCUGCAGGAAGGAGAGGUUGGCAUUAUUGACAGUGAGGUCUGUAAAAUGUAUUUCCAAUCGCCAGACUCCAGCGGCAGCGAAUAUUCUAUACAUGAGGAUAUGUUUUGUGCUGGGGACCUCAUGACAGGAAAGUCCAUCUGCCGAGGAGAUUCUGGCGGCCCCCUGGUCUGCAAGAUGAACAGUAGUACUUGGUUUCUGAUGGGGCUGUCUAGCUGGAGCCUGGCCUGCCACUACCCCACAAGCCCCAGCGUCUUCACCAGGCUCACCUACUUCUCCAACUGGAUUAGUGAGAAGCGGAGCACCUCGCCCAAUCCCGAUCCUUCUUUUGCUCCUCCUCAGGAAAAACCUCCUAUUUUGAGUGACUUCACUUCUCUGGGCAUGGUCCACAAGCCCAGCACCUGCAUAACCCUUGUGUCCUCACAGACCUUCCUCCUGCUGCUGAUUUCCCUAAGGACUCUGUGACAGACCCCAUGGUGCCCCUCCUGGCUCUCCCCCCCACAAACUUGUCUGUGUUAGUGCUAACGGGCUCUGCAUUCUUCUUAAUUGUGUCCGUCUCUGAGCUCUCCUGUCCAUCUGAGGCCUGCUCCAGGCCUGACCAAAUAAAAAUAAUUAAAGAAGC